AUGGCUCUCCCGCGGCCGGCCGGCGGCUGCACGCCCGCACGGGCCCCGGGCCCCUGGUUGGCCCUGCUGGCGGCGGCGGCGGCGGCGGCGCUGCUCUCGGGGGCCCGGGGGGCGGUGGGCUAUUACCCCCGCUUCUCGCCCUUCUUUUUCCUCUGCACCCACCACGGGGAGCUGGAAGGGGAUGGGGAGCAGGGAGAGGUCCUCAUUUCCCUCCACAUUGCUGGCAACCCAACUUUCUAUGUACCUGGACAAGAAUAUCAUGUGACAAUUUCAACAAGCACCUUUUUUGAUGGCUUAUUGGUCACGGGACUCUAUACAUCUACCAGUGUUCAGGCUUCCCAGAGUAUUGGCGGGUCCAGUGCUUUUGGAUUUGGAAUAAUGUCUGAUCACCAGUUUGGAAAUCAGUUCAUGUGCAGUGUGGUUGCAUCACAUGUAAGCCAUUUACCAACAACAAAUCUCAGUUUUGUUUGGAUUGCCCCACCUGCAGGAACUGGCUGUGUGAAUUUUAUGGCAACAGCUACUCACAGGGGCCAAGUUAUAUUCAAGGAUGCCUUAGCCCAGCAGUUAUGUGAACAAGGAGCUCCAACAGAAGCCCCUUUGCAUCCUCUUUUAGCUGAAAUGCACAGUGACAGCAUUAUUCUACGGGAUGACUUUGAUUCUUAUCAGCAGCAAGGACUGAAUCCGGCUAUGUGGUUUGAAUGUAGUAAUUGUGAGGUUGGAGACCAAUGCGGGGUAAUUAUGCAUGGCAAUGCUGUCACUUUCUGCGAGCCAUAUGGACCAAGAGAAUUGACCACUAAUGGCCUUAACACAACCACAGCUUCUGUGCUUCAGUUUUCAAUUGGGUCCGGUUCAUGUCGCUUUAGUUACUCAGAUCCCAACAUCAUCGUGUCCUACGCCAAGAAUAAUUCUGCUGAUUGGAUUCAGCUGGAGAAAAUUAGAGCUCCUUCCAAUGUCAGCACGAUUAUCCACAUUCUCUACCUUCCAGAAGAAGCCAAAGGAGAAAAUAUUCAGUUCCAGUGGAAACAAGAAUAUGUACAUGGUGGUGAUGUGUAUGAAGCCUGCUGGGCAUUGGACAAUAUUUUGAUAAUAAAUGCAGCUCACAAACAAAUCGUUUUAGAAGAUAAUCUUGAUCCUGUGGACACUGGCAACUGGCUGUUCUUCCCUGGAGCCACAGUUAAGCAUAGCUGUCAGUCAGAUGGGAAUGCAAUUUAUUUCCAUGGAACCGAAGGCAGUGAGUUAAAUUUCGCCACAACCCGAGAUGUAGAUCUUUCUACUGAAGAUGCCCAGGAGCAAUGGGCAGAAGAGUUUGAGAGCCAGCCCAAAGGGUGGGAUAUAGCUGGAGCUGUCAUUGGUACUGAAUGCGGAACGCUGGAAUCAGGUUCAUCUGUUGUGUUCCUCAGGGAUGGAGAGAGGAGAUUAUGCACUCCAUAUAUGGAUACUACUGGCUAUGGAAAUCUGAGAUUUUAUUUCAGUAUGGGAGGCAGCUGUGAUGCUGGUGAAGCCCAUGAAAAUGAUGUUAUUCUCUAUGCAAAGAUUGAAGGGAGAAAGGAUCACAUAAAUCUGGAUACCAUGACCUACGCUUCUUACAAGGUGCCCUCUUUGGUUUCGGUCGUUAUCAGUCCAGAGCUGCAGACUCCAGCUACCAAGUUCUGCCUCAAGCAGAAGAAUCACCAAGGGCAUAACAGAAACGUCUGGGCAGUUGACUACUUCCAUGUCCUGCCAGUGCUUUCUUCUACUGUAACUCAUAUGAUCCAAUUUUCUAUUAACUUGGGCUGUGGAACACAUCAACCAGGCAACAGCAUCAGUUUGGAGUUCUCCACCAACCAUGGCCGUUCCUGGUCCUUGCUUCACUCGGAAUGUUUGCCAGAGAUCUGUGCUGGGUCUCACCUUCCUCACAGCACAAUUUAUGCCUCUGAAAACUACAGUGGGUGGAACCGAAUAACUAUUCCCCUUCCAAAUGCAGCACUAACCAGAGACACCAGGAUUCGAUGGAGACAAAUGGGACCAGUACUUGGAAACAUGUGGGCAAUCGACACUAUUUACAUUGGGCCAUCUUGCCUCAAAUUUUGCUCAGGGCGAGGACAAUGCACUAGAAAUGGAUGCAAAUGUGAUCCUGGUUUUUCAGGACCUGCAUGUGAAAUGGCUUCCCAGGCAUUCCCUAUGUUUAUCUCUGAGAGCUUUGCCAAUUCCAGGCUCUCUUCAUAUCACAAUUUUUACUCUAUCCGUGGUGCUGAAGUCAGUUUUGGCUGUGGCGUCCUAGCAAGUGGAAAAGCCUUGGUUUUCAACAAAGAUGGGAGGCGUCAACUUAUUACUUCUUUCCUUGACAGCUCUCAGUCCAGAUUCCUCCAGUUCACUCUGCGUAUUGGAAGUAAAUCCGUUUUGAGUACCUGUAAAGCACCUGACCAGCCUGGGGAAGGAGUCUUACUGCAUUAUUCAUAUGACAAUGGGAUUACAUGGAAACUCCUGGCACAUUAUUCAUAUCUCAACUACCAUGAACCAAGAAUAAUUUCAGUGGAAUUACCUGAAGACUCGAGACAAUUUGGCAUUCAGUUCCGAUGGUGGCAACCGUAUCAUUCUUCUCAAGGCGAGGAUGUGUGGGCCAUCGAUGAAAUCAUCAUGACCUCAGUGCUUUUCAACAGUAUUAGCCUAGACUUCACCAACCUGGUGGAGGUCACUCAGUCGCUUGGAUUCUACUUGGGGAAUGUUCAGCCGUACUGUGACCAUGACUGGACGCUUUGUUUUACAGGAGAUUCCAAAGUUGCUUCUAGCAUGCGCUAUGUGGAAACACAAUCUAUGCAAAUUGGAGCGUCGUAUAUGAUACAGUUCAACUUGGUGAUGGGCUGUGGGCAGCAGUACACCGCUCACAUGGACAACCAGGUGAAACUGGAAUACUCUACUAACCAUGGGCUUACUUGGCAUCUGGUUCAAGAGGAAUGCCUUCCCAGUAUGCCUAGCUGCCAGGAGUUUACAUCAGCAAGCAUCUACCAUUCCAGUGAAUAUACACAGUGGCGGAGAGUCACAGUCCUUUUACCUCAGAAAACAUGGUCCAGCGCCACACGAUUCCGCUGGAGCCAAUGCUAUUACACAGUGCAAGAUGAGUGGGCUUUAGACAACAUCUACAUUGGACAACAGUGCCCAAGUAUGUGUAAUGGGCAUGGCUGGUGUGACCACGGCAUUUGCAGGUGUGAUUCUGGAUACCAAGGCAAUGAAUGUCACCCGGAAAAUCAUCUCCCUUCAACUGUAAUGUCUGAUUUUGAGAAUUUGAACAGUUUGGCUACAGAAUGGCAGGAAGUAAUUGGUGGCGAGAUUGUAAAACCAGAAGAAGGCUGUGGGGUCAUCUCGUCUGGAUCUUCUCUCUAUUUCCACAAGGCUGGAAAGAGGCAGUUGGUGAGCUGGGACUUGGACACCACGUGGGUCGACUUUGUCCAGUUUUACAUUCAGAUAGGUGGGGAGAGUUCUUCCUGUAAUAAACCAGACAGCAGAGAAGAAGGUGUGUUAUUACAGUACAGCAACAAUGGAGGUAUCAACUGGCAUCUACUGGCAGAAAUGUACUUCUCCGACUUCAGCAAGUCCAGAUUUGUAUACCUGGAGCUCCCUAGUGCUGCAAAGACUCCAUGCACCAGAUUCCGCUGGUGGCAGCCAGUGUUUUCAGGGGAAGGAUAUGACCAGUGGGCCAUUGAUGAUAUCAUCAUUCUGUCAGAAAAGAUGAAACAAAUUAUCCCUGUUGUUAACCCUACUUUACCUCAGAACUUUUAUGAGAAGCCAGCAUUUGAUUACCCUGUGAACCAACUCAGUGUGUGGCUAAUGUUAGCCAAUGAAGGGAUGCCAAAAAAUGAAACUUUCUGCUCUGCCACUCCAUCAGCAAUGAUAUUUGGGAAAUCAGAUGGUGAUCGUUUUGCAGUGACUCGGGAUUUAACAUUGAAACCUGGAUAUGUCCUUCAGUUCAAGCUGAUCAUAGGUUGCACCGACCAGUUCAGUAGUUCAGCACCAGUUCUCCUUCAGUAUUCCCAUGAUGCUGGCCUGUUCUGGUCAUUAGUGAAGGAAGGCUGUUACCCGGUAUCUCCUGGGGUCAGAGGAUGUGAAGGAAGCUCCCGAGAACUGACUGAGCCAACAGUGUAUUACACAGGAGACUUCGAAGAGUGGACAAGAAUUACCAUUGUCAUUCCCAGAUCUCUUGCUACCAGUAAGACCAGGUUCCGCUGGAUCCAAGAGAGCAGUUCACAGAAGAGCGUGCCCCCUUUUGGAUUAGAUGGGGUGUACAUCUCAGAGCCAUGCCCGAACUAUUGCAGUGGUCAUGGGGACUGUAUCUCUGGAGUCUGCUUCUGUGAUUUGGGCUACACAGCUUCACAUGGGACCUGUGUGUCUAAUGUACCUAACCACAGUGAGAUGUUCGAUAGGUUUGAGAGGAAACUGAGCCCUCUCUGGUACAAGAUCACUGGAGGUCAGGUCGGAAAUGGCUGUGGGAUACUCAGUGAUGGAAAAUCUCUUUACUUCAAUGGACCUGGCAAAAGGGAAGCAAGAACAGUGGCUCUGGACACCACAAGCAUCAGACUACUUCAGUUUUACGUACAAAUUGGAAGCAAGUCCAUUGGCACAGGCUGCAGCAAACCAAGAGCCAGGAAUGAAGGACUUCUUGUUCAAUACUCAAAUGACAAUGGAAUAAGCUGGCAUUUGCUGCGAGAACUAGACUUCAUGUCUUUCUUAGAGCCUCAGAUAGUAUCAAUAGAACUGCCUCGUGAGGCCAAAACACCAGUGACCGCUUUCCGAUGGUGGCAACCUCAACAUGGGAAGCAUUCGGCACAGUGGGCUUUAGACGAUGUGCUUGUAGGAAUGAACGACAGCUCUCAGAUUGGUUUUCAGGAUAAAUUUGAUGGAUCUGUAGAUUUACAAGCUAGUUGGUACAGGAUCCAAGGAGGGCAAGUAGACAUUGACUGUCUGUCUAUGGAUACAGCACUAGUAUUCAGUGAAAAUUUAGGAAAACCUCGUUAUGCAGAGACUUGGGAUUUCCAUGUGUCUGACUCCACCUUCAUCCAGUUUGAACUGAACAUGGGCUGCAGCAAGCCAUUCAGCGAUUCCCACAGUAUUCACUUCCAGUAUUCCCUAAACAAUGGGAGAGACUGGCAUUUGGUUACUGAGGAAUGUGUUCCUCCGAAGAUAGGCUGCCAACAUUACAUUGGGAGUUCUGUUUACACCUCAGAAAGAUUCCAGAACUGGAAGCGAAUUACUGUCUACCUUCCUCAAGCAACUAUCUCCCCCAGGACACGAUUCAGAUGGAUCCAACAUGAUUAUAAUCCUGGUGGAGAUACAUGGGCUAUUGAUAAUGUCAUCCUGGCCACUGGAUGUCCAUGGAUGUGCUCUGGCCAUGGAAUCUGUGAUGCUGGCCGCUGUGUGUGUGACAGAGGCUUUGGGGGCCCUUACUGUGUUCCUACUGCUCCUCUCCCAUCUGUACUGAAAGAUGACUUCAACGGUAACCUGCAUCCCGAUAUUUGGCCAGAAGUCUAUGGAGCCGAGAGAGGGAAUCUGAAUGGUGACACUAUCAAAUCUGGAACAGCUCUUAUCUUUAAAGGGGAAGGGCUGAGAAUGCUUGUUUCAAGGGACUUAGACUGUACCAGUACAAUGUACAUCCAGUUUUCAUUCAAAUUUUUAGCCAAAGGUACACCAGAGAGGUCUCAUUCUAUUCUUCUUCAAUAUUCCAUCAAUGGUGGCAUCACUUGGCAUCUGAUAGAUGAGUUUUACUUUACUCAAACGACUGAUGUCCUCUUCAUUAAUAUCCCGCUGCCAUACACAGCACGAAUCAACGCUACACGGUUCAGACUCUGGCAGCCUUACAACAAUGGUAAGAAAGAAGAAAUCUGGAUUCUAGACAAUUUCAUUAUUGAUGGAAACAACCUGAAGAAUCCCGUUAUCCUUUUGGAUACCUUUGACUUUGGACCAAGGGAGGACAAUUGGUUUUUCUAUCCUGGUGGGAACAUUGGGCUUUAUUGUCCAUACUCUUCAAAAGGAGCACCGGAAGAAGAUUCUGCUAUGGUAUUUGUUUCAAAUGAAGUUGGGGAGCAUUCGAUUACAACAAGGGAUCUGAAUGUGAAUGAGAACACCAUCAUCCAGUUUGAGAUAAAUAUUGGAUGCACAACUGAUAGCUCCUCUGCUGACCCAGUGAAACUUGAAUUCUCCCGAGAUUUGGGGGCAACCUGGCACCUGCUUCUUCCUUUAUGUUAUAGUAGCAGCAGCUACCUCAAUUCUCUGUGCUCCACUGAGCAUCAUCCAAGCAGCACUUACUAUGCUGGAACAACCCAGGGCUGGAGAAGAGAGGUCAUCCACUUUGGAAAGCUGCACCUCUGUGGUUUAGUCCGAUUCAGAUGGUACCAAGGCUUUUAUCCUGUUGGGUCUCAACCUGUGACCUGGGCCAUUGAUAAUGUAUACAUUGGGCCACAGUGUGAAGAGAUGUGUAAUGGUCACGGUAGUUGCAUCAAUGGAACUAAAUGCAUCUGUGAUCCUAGUUACUCUGGACCAACCUGUAGAAUAAGUACCAAGAAUCCUGACUUCCUCAAGGAUGAUUUUGAAGGUCAACUAGAGUCUGAUAGAUUUUUGCUCGUGAGUGGUGGAAAACCAUCUAGGAAAUGUGGGAUUAUGUCUGGAGGAAACAAUCUCUUUUUUAAUGAAGAAGGCUUACGUAUGCUCAUGACACGAGACAUGGAUUUGUCACAAGCCAGGUUUGUGCAAUUCUUCAUGAGGCUGGGGUGUGGUAAGGCAGUACCAGAUCCCAGAAGCCAGCCUGUGUUGCUACAGUAUUCUCUUAAUGGAGGCCUCAUCUGGAAGCUUCUUCAGGAAUUUCUCUUCAGUAAUUCGAGCAAUGUAGGACGGUACAUUGCCCUAGAAAUCCCCUUAAAAGCUCGUUCUGGUUCUACUCGUUUGCGAUGGUGGCAACCAUCUGAGAAUGGACAUUUUUAUAGUCCAUGGGUAAUUGAUCAGAUUCUUAUUGGUGGAAACAUCUCUGGCAACACAGUCUUGGAAGAUGGUUUCAGUACGCUGGAUAGCAAGAAAUGGCUUCUCCAUCCUGGAGGAACGAAGAUGCCAGUGUGUGGUUCUACAGGGGAUGCCCUGGUCUUCAUUGAAAAAGCUAGCAUGCGCUAUGUUGUAACCACUGACAUUGUUGUCAAUGAGGAUUCUUUCCUGCAAUUAGACUUUGCUGCUUCUUGCUCUGUCACUGAUUCCUGCUACGCUAUUGAGCUAGAGUAUUCAGUUGACCUGGGCCUGACGUGGCACCCAGUGAUGAGAGACUGUCUUCCCACCAACGUCGACUGCAACAAAUACCACCUCCAGAGGAUUCUGGUGUCAGAUACUUUCAACAAAUGGACAAGGAUUACUUUACCACUUCCUCCUUAUACCAGGUCCCAGGCAACUCGUUUCCGUUGGCACCAGCCAGCUCCAUUUGAUAAGCAACAAACGUGGGCCAUCGAUAAUGUCUAUAUCGGUGAUGGCUGCAUAGAUAUGUGCAGUGGCCAUGGGAGGUGCACUCAAGGGAACUGUGUGUGUGAUGAAAACUGGGGAGGGCUGUACUGUGAUGAGCCCGAGGUAGCUCUCCCCACCCAACUGAAGGACAACUUCAACCGUGCACCAGCCAGCCAGAACUGGCUAACAGUCAACGGUGGGAAACUGAGCACUGUCUGUGGAGCUGUGGCUUCCGGGAUGGCUCUCCAUUUUAGUGGGGGAUGCAGCCGAUUGUUGGUUACAGUGGAUUUAAACCUCACUAAUGCAGAAUUUAUCCAGUUCUAUUUUAUGUAUGGAUGUCUGAUUUCUCCCAACAGUCGUAACCAAGGAGUUCUCCUUGAGUACUCUGUGAAUGGGGGCAUUACCUGGACCAACUUAAUGGAAAUUUUUUAUGACCAGUUCAGCAAACCUGGUUUUAUGAACAUUCUCCUUCCUCCCGAUGCCAAAGAAGUCGGAACCCGUUUCCGCUGGUGGCAGCCCAAGCACGAUGGUCUUGAUCAGAAUGACUGGGCUAUCGACAACGUGCUGAUAUCAGGGUCAGCUGAUCAGAGGACAGUGAUGUUAGACACUUUCAGCAGCGCCCCACUGCCGCAACACGAACGCUCACCUGCGGAUGCAGGACCUGUGGGGAGGAUAGCUUUUGAUAUGUUCAUGGAAGACCGGACUACAGUGAACGAGCAUUGGCUGUUCCAUGACGACUGUUCGAUUGAAAGGUUUUGUGAUUCCCCUGAUGGCGUCAUGAUGUGUGGUAGCCAUGAUGGCAGGGAAGUUUACGCUGUCACACAUGAUCUAACUCCGACGGAAAACUGGAUUAUGCAGUUCAAGAUUUCGGUUGGAUGUAAAACUUCAGAAAAAAUUGCCCAGAACCACGUCCAUGUGCAGUAUUCUACUGAUUUUGGAGUAAGCUGGAGCUACCUAAUCCCUCAGUGCUUACCUGCUGACCCUAAAUGUUCUGGGGGUGUUUCCCAACCAUCUGUCUUCUUUCCAACAAAAGGAUGGAAAAGGGUAACUUACCCACUCCCUGAGAGCCUCAUGGGAAAUUCAGUUCGGUUUAGAUUCUAUCAGAAGUAUUCUGACAUGCAGUGGGCGAUUGACAAUUUCUAUCUGGGACCUGGCUGUGUAGAUAACUGCAGAGGCCAUGGAGACUGUCUGAAAGAACAGUGCAUCUGUGACCCGGGUUUCUCUGGUCCAAAUUGCUACUUGACUCAUACUUUGAAGACUUUCCUGAAGGAGCGCUUUGACAAUGAAGAAAUCAGACCGGAUCUGUGGAUGUCUCUGGAAGGUGGUACCGCUUGCAUGGAAUGCGGGAUCCUAGCGGAGGACACAGCUCUGUAUUUUGGAGGACCAACUGUGAGACAGGCAAUCACCCAGGACUUGGACCUGCGGGGUGCAAAAUUUUUGCAGUACUGGGGAAGAAUCGGGAGUGAAAACAUGACAACUUGCCACAGGCCCACAUGUCGGAAAGAAGGAGUUCUGCUCGAUUAUUCAACAGAUGGAGGAAUAUCUUGGACAUUGCUCCAUGAAAUGGAUUAUCAGAAGUACAUCUCCAUCCGACAUGACUAUAUACUGCUCCCAGAAGACGCUCUGACCAAUACAACCCGCCUGCGCUGGUGGCAGCCAUUUGUGAUUAACAAUGGAAUUGUGGUUUCGGGCUUUGAUCGUGCUCAGUGGGCUCUAGAUAAUGUAUUGAUUGGAGGUGCAGAGAUCAACCCCAGUCAACUGGUAGACACAUUUGAUGAUGAAGGCGUUUCCCAUGAAGAAAACUGGAGUUUCUAUCCAAAUGCCGUCAGAACUGCAGGAUUCUGUGGCAACCCUUCAUUUCAUCUCUACUGGCCAAAUAAGAAGAAGGACCAGAUGCACAAUAUCCUGUCCUCCAGGGAGCUCAUUAUCCAACCAGGAUAUAUGAUGCAGUUUAAAAUUGUGGUUGGCUGUGAAGCAAUGUCUUGUGGAGACCUCCAUUCGGUAAUGCUGGAAUACACCAAGGAUGCCCGGUCAGAUUCCUGGCAGCUUGUCCAGACACAGUGUCUCCCAUCUUCUUCUAAUAGUGUUGGCUGCUCCCCAUUUCAGUUCCAUGAAGCCACUAUCUAUAACUCUGUCAAUAGCUCCACUUGGAAAAGAAUAACUAUCCAGUUGCCUGACCAUGUCUCUUCCAGUGCAACUCAGUUCCGGUGGAUUCAAAAAGGAGAAGAACCAGAAAAACAAAGCUGGGCUAUAGAUCAUGUAUAUAUUGGCGAAGCUUGCCCAAAACUCUGCAGUGGCCAUGGAUACUGUACGACUGGAGCCAUUUGCAUUUGUGAUGAAGGAUACCAAGGUGACGACUGCUCUGUUUUCAGCCAUGAACUUCCAAGUUAUAUUAAAGAUAAUUUUGAAUCAGCGAGAGUCACCGAAAUAAAUUGGGAAACCAUCCAAGGUGGAGUUAUAGGGAAUGGGUGUGGACAGUUGGCACCCUAUGCACAUGGGGACUCUCUGUAUUUCAAUGGAUGUCAGAUAAGGCAAGCAAUAAGUAAGCCCUUGGAUCUGACCCGAGCAAGCAAAAUAAUGUUUGUUUUGCAAAUUGGAAGCCUUUCGCAAACAGACAGCUGCAACACUAAUCUGAGUGAUCCAAACACGGUGGACAAGGCAGUGUUGCUCCAGUAUAGCGUAAAUAAUGGAAUUGCGUGGCAGGUCAUUGCCCAGCAUCAACCAAAGGACUUUAUACAAGCCCAAAGAGUGUCUUACAAUGUACCCCUGGAGGCACGAAUGAAAGGAGUGUUGCUUCGCUGGUGGCAACCCCGCCACAAUGGCACAGGCCAUGACCAGUGGGCAUUGGACCAUGUAGAAGUUGUUCACACUCGCAAACAAAAUUACAUGAUGAAUUUUUCACGGCAACAUGGGCUCAGGCAUUUCUACAGCAGAAGACGAAGAUCACUUAGGCGAUACCCAUGAAGAGCAAGACCUUUUCUUUUCUUUCCCUCCCCACCGUGUGACGUGUCGCUUUCCAUCCUUCUUGAGCUAGCACUGCAGUCUGGUUUUAUCAGGACUUUUUUCUUAAUGAAUAUUUUGAAAGCUCCCCGCCCCCCAAUUGAGACAGAGCGUUACACCACUUUUUUCGCACUGUGAUCUAAUGAGAAGUGACUUAUUUUCUCAUAGGUAAAUGUUUUUAAUGUUGAUGUGUCUGUGAAAAAAAUUGUGAUCUGUUGUAAUGCAAGUUACAGUGGCAGUAUUGGAAGUAAGCGACUGGCUCGGUUUUUAACCAGAAAACGAAUGAACGAACAAGCCUGCAUUUAAGCACAAAGACUGUUUCAUAUUUUAAGUCCAAAUACUACAAUAUCAAGUGCGACAUUUAACGUUCUUUGUCACAUAGGUAUUUAAAUGCACUGUACUUCGGCUCUGUAUCAUAUUUUCUAUGAUUAAGUUAUCAUUAUUUGUCCUUUCUUUGUAUUCUCUUCUGUGAAAUGACUUGUUGACACUGUAUUGACUUGUAACAUUUUUGCUGCUGAUUGUUGGGCUUCUAACAAGUCUGAUACUCUGCAUAACGCAGACCUAAAUGCCUAAUCCAUAAAAAGGUAAUUGCAGAAGUGGUUGUACAAGACUUUGAUGUCCUUCAUUCUUACUCUUGGAUACGUCUGUCAGGUAUUGUUGUUUUGUGGGCAGGAAAAAUGCUUAACAUUUAAACUUUAAAAAAAUCUAAGCAGUUGUGGAUUUCCCCCUCUAAACAAAAGCCCGUUUUCCUUGUCCAAACGUAAAAACAAUUUUCUGUGGAUGAUUUACUUACAGUAACUGCCAUUUGGUCUCUGUAGUAAUGGAGUGAUUUGUAAACAGUGAGCGUUUCUUCGUGUUUCUUUGUGGUUUGUUUCUAUUGCGGGUCAUGUUUGUACUUUCUGAUAAUGUUGUACCUACACCAGCAACAUAAAAAUGGACCCUACAGCCCUAAACAGUAUCAUGAAUAAUUUAAAAACAAGGUUCACUCUACAGUGAACCAAGCUGAA